UGAAGUAAGUUAGUAAACCUGAUGGAACAGGAAAACUUACAGACUAUUUAGUGAAGAAACAUAGCUAAAAAAUGAACACAGCUGAGCAGAAUUUUUCUUUUAUUUGGAAUUCUUGAAUGUGUGGGAACCAUGGAGCUGAAAUAGUCUUCACAUUAUCAAGUUGUUUCCUAAAAGGCUCAAAGGCCUCUUCACCUCAGAGAACAGAUAAAGAGUUACGUGACAGAACAUGGGAAGCAGUGUAUCAGAAAGAAAUAGAGUAGACCCUCCAGAUGGAGGCUGGGGCUGGGUUGUGCUGUUCAGUGGUUUUAUUAUCACUGGUUUCUCCUACGCUUUCCCUAAAGCCAUAAGUGUGUACUUUAAAGAACUGAUGCGGGACUUUGGCUGUGGCUACAGUGACACAGCAUGGAUUUCAUCUAUCAUGCUUGCCAUGCUUUAUGGCUCAGGUCCACUUUCCAGUAUUAUGGUAAACAGGUUUGGAUGUCGCCCAGUGAUGCUGAUUGGGGGAUUGUUAGCAUCAGCUGGAAUGAUUGGGGCCUCUUUUACCUCCAACAUCAUCCAACUUUACCUUACUGCUGGGGUCAUUACAGGGCUUGGUCUAGCUCUAAAUUUCCAGCCAUCACUUAUUAUGCUUGGGUAUUAUUUUGACAAACGCAGACCUAUCGCCAAUGGACUAGCAGCAGCUGGGAGCCCAGUCUUUCUCUCAGCUCUUUCUCCUCUAGGACAAGUGCUGCUGGAUUGCUUUGGCUGGAGGGGUGGCUUCCUAAUAAUGGGAGGGCUGUUGCUUAACUGUUGCACCUGUGGUGCUGUUAUGAGACCAUUGGGAUACAAAGUUCAGAAGUCUGCAGCCAGGGAUACAUCAAAUGAUCAUGAGUUAAAAGAGAUGCUCCCAUCGAAGUCUGAAGAGGAGGAGAAUAAUCUGGAGAAGGUCCAGAAGAAAAGCCUGAAAAAAAAGAAGCUCCUUGACUUCAGUGUGCUCCGUGACAAAGCACUAAUUGUUUAUAUAGUAGCUAAAUUCAUUGUUGUGCUUGGUCUGUUUGUCCCUACAAUUCUCCUGGUCAACUAUGCUAAAGAUCAGGGAGUGCCUGACAGGGACGCUGCUUUUCUCCUCUCCAUCAUUGGAUUUGUUGACAUAUUUGCUCGACCCACAUGCGGCCUGGUGGCUGGAUUAAAGUGCGUAAGACCUAAAAUGCCCUAUUUCCUAAGCUUGGCCUUACUUCUGAAUGGUCUUACAGAUGUUUGCUCAGCCAGAAGUAGAGACUACACAGGAUUAGUAAUCUUCUGUGUGUUCUUCGGCCUUUCUUAUGGAAUGAUCGGCGCAUUACAAUUUGAAGUGCUAAUGGGAAUUGUUGGUACUAGCGGUUUUUCCAGUGCUCUUGGGUUAGUGCUCCUAAUAGAGGCAGCAGCUGUGCUCAUUGGACCUCCUUCUGCUGGACGACUGGUAGAUACUUACAAGAACUAUGAGCUAAUCUUCUACAUGGCUGGUGGAGAGUUGAUGGUGGCUGGCAUUUUCCUUGCUAUUGCAUCUUACUGUUGUUUUAAACUUCAGAAACACAAGGACACAUCUGCGACCCAGGAUGCUGAUAUUGAGGGCAACACUAACCAUAUGAAUCAUGAAUGUACCGAUGAUAUGGAUAACAAUUAAAUUUAAACCUGAAUUUGUUCAAAAACUGUGACAGCAAGUUAUGAUGAUGUAUAAAGGUUAUAGUGGAUAUUUCAAUCAUUUUAUGAAUUGCACUGUAUUUGGCCAAUAAAUAUUUUGCAUCCA